CAAAUCCACCUACUCCGAUGCUUCUCCCACCUUAUAAAUAUCCUUGCAUUCAUAUCACUCUCUUCACCCAAUCCACUUCCUCCAAUUAUAACACCCACCAAAGAACCAUGGCUACCCAGUUCCUCAAAUCCCUCCUUCUCCUCUCCACCUUAACCCUAACCAUCUCAGCAGAAUACACAGGCUUUGUGGGCACAAUAGACCCAAAGUCCAUAGGCAUAAAGCACAAGAAAACCCUAAGCCACUUCAGAUUCUACUGGCACGAAGUCUUCAGCGGAGAAAACCCCACAUCGGUUAGAAUCAUUCCCGCACUCCCCAAAUACAACACAACCACAACCUUUGGUUCGGUUGGGAUCUUCGACAACGCUUUAACUGUGGGACCCGAGGUUUACUCCAAGGUUGUCGGAAAAGCCGAGGGCUUGUUUGCCUCCACGUCGCAAACGCAGUUGGAUCUUUUGCUGAUUUUCAACUUCGCAUUGACACAAGGGAAGUACAACGGCAGCACCAUCACGUUCACUGGGAGGAGCCCCCUCUCGGAGAAGGUGAGGGAGUUGCCCAUUGUUGGUGGAAGUGGGGUCUUCAAAUUUGCCACUGGGUAUAUUGAGUCCAGGACUCUCAGUUUUGAUCCCCAAACGAGGAAUAACACGGUUCAGUUCGACGUGUAUAUUUACUAUUGAUGAAUGUUGAAUGUGUUUUUUUUUUUCUUUUCUUUUUUUCACAUUGAUGUGCUGUCACGACUUUGAUGUUUGUCACUUUGUUUCUAUUUAAGUUUCCUCUUUUGAUGGGGGCACGUGGUGUCAUGGAAUAAAGUCAUGUUUGGGCAAAUUUAAUGAGUUGGAUCAUGAUUCUUACUUUUAUUUCUUAUUAAUAAUGUCAUGGACUCACAUUAUGUACUUAUUAUAUAUGUUUCAGUUUCUCUCU